GGCGUCGGGGCGGGCGCGGCGGCAGCGGCGAUCGGUGGCGGCGGCAGCGGCAGGAUGACGGCGAACGGGACGGCGGAGCCGGUGCAGAUCCAGUUCGGGCUCAUCAACUGCAGCAACAAGUACCUGACGGCGGAGGCUUUCGGCUUCAAGGUGAACGCCUCGGCCGCCAGCAUGAAGAAGAAGCAGAUCUGGACUCUGGAGCAGGACGGGGAGGACUCCAGUGCCGUGCUGCUCAAAAGCCACCUGGGCCGGUACCUGGCAGCCGACAAGGACGGUCGGGUGAGCUGCGACAGCGAAGAGCCGGGUCCCGACUGUCGCUUCUUAGUGGUGGCUCACGGCGACGGGCGCUGGUCGCUGCAGUCCGAGCCCCAUCGCCGCUUCUUCGGCGGCACCGAGGACCGUCUCUCCUGCUUCGCUCCUUCCGUCUCGGCUACCGAGAAAUGGAGCGUCCACCUGGCCAUGCAUCCCCAGGCCAACCUCUACAGCCUGGCCCGCAAGCGCUACGCUCACCUGGGACCUCGCCGCGACGAACUGGCCGUGGACCGCGACGUGCCGUGGGGCGUGGAUGCCCUCAUCACCCUGCUGUUCGUGGAGCAGCGGUACAGCCUGCAGAGCUGCGACCACCGCCUGCUGCGCUCCGACGGCCGCCUGGUCCCCGACGCCGAGCCCGGUACCGCCUUUACCCUCGAGUUUCGCUGCGGCAAAGUGGCCUUUCGCGACGGGGAGGGUCGGUACCUGGCCCCCUCGGGACCCAGCGGCACCCUCAAGGCGGGCAAGAGCACCAAGGUGGGCAAGGACGAGCUCUUUGCCCUCGAACAGAGCUGCCCGCAGGUCGUGCUCCGAGCCGGCAACGACAGGAAUGUCUCCACCCGGCAAGGGAUGGACCUCUCGGCCAACCAGGACGAGGAGGGUGACCAGGAGACCUACCAGCUGGAGAUCAACAAGGACACCAAGAAAUGCGCCUUCAGGACCUACACGGGGAAGUACUGGACCCUGACCUCCAACGGGGGCAUCCAGUCCACCGCCUCCACAAAGAACGCGAGCUGCUAUUUCGACAUUGAAUGGUGUGACAAGCGCAUCACCCUGAAAGCCGCCAAUGGCAAGUACGUGACGGCGAAGAAGAACGGGCAGCUGGCAGCAUCCAUGGAGACAGCGGGUGAGACGGAGCAUUUCGUGAUGAAGCUGAUCAACCGGCCCAUCAUCGUCCUGCGCGGCGAGCACGGCUUCAUCGGGUGCCGGAAGGUGACGGGCACCCUGGACUCCAACCGCUCAUCCUACGACGUCUUCCAGCUGGAGUUCAACGACGGCGCCUACAACAUCAAGGAUGCCACUGGGAAGUACUGGAUGGUGGGGAGCGAGUCGUCCGUCACCAGCAGCAGCGACACCCCCGUGGACUUCUUUUUUGAGUUCUGCGACUAUAACAAAGUGGCGAUCAAAAUCAAUGGCAAAUACCUGAAGGGUGACCAUGCCGGGGUCCUCAAGGCAUCGGCCGACGCCAUUGACGCCUCCACCCUCUGGGAAUAUUAAUGCACUUUAGCGUUCCUCCCGUUGCCAACUUCUCUUUCCCCUCCUUUGUCCUUUUUUCUUUCGUGUUUUUUCUCCUCUCUGUAACAGGAUUUUCAGACCGGCUCACCCUUCCCUUCCCCGUAGAGUCGGUGUGUUAUGUGGGAGGUGGGUCCCCAUAAAUAUCUGUAAGAACUGGAAAAGUGAUGGGGUGGCCUAUAGCUUUGUAGAGGGGUCUGUCUCUAUCCCCCCACCCCACCACUUCCCUCUAGGUUUGCUGGGCUUGGAAACUGCCAUACGCGCAAUCCUGGCCCCUUAGGUAGUUUCUUUUCCUCUCCUCGACUGAAAAAAAGGGAAUAAGAUCACCUCUGUGCUCACUGCUGCCAUAUCAGCACCAGUGCCACCUUGGUCUGUGCUGCCAGUGUUCCCUGGAGCACCUGUCCCAUCCCAUCCCAUCCCAUCCCAUCCCAUCCCAUCCCAUCCCAUCCCAUCCCAUCCCAUCCCAUCCCGGGGCAGAGCGAUGGCACUGGCUCCUCCCUGCAUCUUCGCUCUGCUCUGGGCUAUCGGGGAAGGAUUCACCCCCAGCUGAGCCAAAAAAGGUGACCUUACAUAUCACAGCACCCCCAGGAAUGGGGCUGCCGUGUGCUGGCACGUGUCCCCACGGAAGGGCCAACAAGCCAACCCCCCCAUGCCACUGGAAAUGAUCUUUUAGGCUGAUCCUGUCUGGAAAGCCUCAGACUUUCAUCUCACAGAGCCCUGUGUUCCUUGUGUUCCUCUGCACCUCCUGGUUCUAGAGGAGCAUCCCAGACCCUGCUGGUGGGUCCAGCCCGGCUGGUCCUGCUGCUGCGCCUGGGAGGGGGUGGCAUGGGGGGGACACAGAGGAACCCCGUACUGGGGGGCUCCAUCCACCCCCUCCAGCGCCUUUGGUCCCCACAGGAGCCGGGUGGAACCUCCCCUGGGUGGUAGCUGGAAGCAUAAACUGCAGAUUUUGGUUUACAGAAUAGAAAAGUUCCUUAGCAAACUUUGCACAGUGAGAUUUGCUCAGUACCUUUUUCUUUUCUUUUCUUCUUCUUCUUCUCAUAAAAUACUGGAGCAGCGAUACAAAUCGCUGAACACCUAAUGCUGAAUUAGGAAGCCCCCGGGCUCGGCUCUCGGGCCGUCUCAACCCUACUGGAAAAAAAUAAGAAAAAAAAAAAGACCAAAACAGUAUUUUUGUUAGUCUCUAUUUAUAUACGCUCUCCAUGGCACUGUGUUACCAGCUGUUGUCUGUACUAGGUCUGCAUUAGAGUUUAACGCUGUUUGUAACGGGUGAUGCUGACGUGUUCGUUAGGGUGAUGAAAGGCACUUUAUCCUUUGGGGCCUUCUCGGGGCCAAUAUUUGCUCCCCGCAAACACACCAAGGAGCCUUUUCCCCUGCUGGGGAGGGAGCGCCGGUUUCCCCCCCCCAGCCCCACACCAAGGGUGCUCGCGGCAUCGCUGCCGUGCCAAAACCAGGGCCGGUCCCUAUCGCCGGACACGAGGCCAGGGGCUCGUCAGCCUUAAAGCCAUGAGGAGGGAUAAACCCUCCGGAGGAGCUUGGUGCUAAACUCUCAGCUGGGAGAGCGAGCGACCUGUCCCCUGCCAGGGGGACAACCCCGGGCCGGGGUCCCUGGCUGGUGCGGGGGAUCCCGGCUGGGGCUCUACCUCGGCUCUGCGUCACAUCCAGGGGCUGCUGCGCCACGCGAUGUCCCUCAAAGGACCCAGUGUCUUGAUGAAGCCCUGAGUGACCCUGUGACUUGGCACACACUUUCCACUGGCCUUCACCCCCCUACACACAAACCCUCCGUGUUGCCUCCUCCCCGUCCCCCAUCGCAGUUCGAACCGUGACUCCCACUCCGGCUUCUUCCGUGUGACAUUAGGUCAACAUUUCUCCUGUCUCCUCUUAUCGGGUGUCGUGACUCUGAAAACAUCUCAUUCUGAAAAUUUAAGUUCUGGGUUUGUUUGGUUUUUUGGGGGUUUGUUUGUUUUGUUUUUUUUUUUAAUUAUUAUUUUUUUUGUAAGUGCCAUUUGUAUAACUUAAAAAAAUAGCUUCAAAUGGAGAAAGAUGAAUAAAAAAUAAAACCUGCAUUCCGAUACAA